UUUUUUUACAGCCCUAGCGUGUGCCUGUAGCUCGGAAAUUAAUUGUGGCUAAAGCUGUCUCUAUAGCUGCCUCUGCUGCUCUCCGCCGCCGACCCGCCCGGCUGCCGCUGUCCCCCCCCCCCCGCACCCCCCGGCUCUGGUGGAAGCGGGGGGACCGGGCACCAUGCAGGAGUGCGGAGCGGGGCUGUGAGUGCGCUCCGGGGCUCCGAGCGGGGAUCGGGGUUUGUUUUUCCUCCUCCCUCCCCGGCGGCUCCCGUGCUUGCUACAUGCCUUGCCAGCGCCUGCGCCUGCGACUGCGGUCCGACUGCCCUGCUGCUGCUCCAGCCCGGGGUGCCGCCGCCUCGCCGCAACUUCCCCCCCCCCUGCCCCGCGACUAGUGUGUGAUGUUGGACAUGGGAGAUAGGAAGGAAGUGAAAAUGCUGCCGAAAUCCUCCUUCAGCAUUAACAGCCUGGUGCCCGAAGCCGUCCAGAGCGACAGCAGCCACAGCAGCCACAGCCACCACCACAACAGCCACCACCCCCACCACCAUCACCACCCCCACCACCACCACCACCACCACCCGCAGCAGCAGCCCCAGCCCCAGCCCCAGCGAGCUGCCCCGGCCGAGGAGGAGGAAGAGGAGAAGAGCCAGCUCCUCCUGCAGCCCCCCGUGGUGGCGGUGGCAGCGGCGGCUGCGGCCACCACCUCCGGCACCUUGGAGGUGGCCAAGGAGAUCCUGCCGGGCAAGGGGGAGCCGGGCUCGGCCGCGGCAGCCGCGGAGCUGGAGGAGAAGGAGAAAGCGGCGGCGGAGGAGAAGAAGGGGGCGGCGGAGGGGGGCAAGGAAGGGGAGAGCGGCAAGGAAGGGGAGAAGAAGAACGGCAAGUACGAGAAGCCCCCGUUCAGCUACAACGCGCUGAUCAUGAUGGCCAUCCGGCAGAGCCCCGAGAAGCGCCUCACCCUCAACGGCAUCUACGAGUUCAUCAUGAAGAACUUCCCCUACUACCGGGAGAACAAGCAGGGCUGGCAGAACUCCAUCCGCCACAACCUCUCCCUCAAUAAGUGCUUCGUCAAGGUGCCCCGCCACUACGACGACCCGGGCAAAGGGAACUACUGGAUGUUGGACCCUUCCAGCGACGACGUCUUCAUCGGGGGAACCACGGGCAAGCUCCGCCGGAGAUCCACCACCUCCCGGGCCAAGCUGGCUUUCAAGCGAGGCGCUCGGCUCACCUCCACCGGACUGACAUUCAUGGAUAGGGCUGGAUCUUUGUAUUGGCCUAUGUCCCCUUUCCUCUCCCUGCACCACCCCCGGGCCAGCAGCACUUUGAGUUACAAUGGGACCACGUCCGCCUACCCCAGCCACCCCAUGCCCUACAGUUCAGUGUUGACUCAAAACUCUUUGGGAAACAACCACUCCUUUUCCACGUCUAAUGGGUUAAGUGUUGAUAGACUAGUCAAUGGAGAGAUACCUUAUGCCACUCAUCACCUCACAGCAGCAGCUCUGGCCGCCUCAGUGCCAUGUGGCUUGUCAGUCCCUUGCUCUGGCACCUAUUCCCUAAACCCUUGCUCUGUAAACCUUCUAGCAGGACAGACAAGUUACUUUUUCCCCCAUGUUCCUCACCCUUCAAUGACUUCUCAAAGCAGCACUUCAAUGACGGCCAGGGCAGCCUCCUCCUCCACGUCUCCACAGGCGCCCUCCACUCUCCCUUGUGAGUCCUUAAGACCUUCUUUGCCAAGUUUUACAACAGGACUUUCCGGGGGACUUUCUGAUUAUUUCACACAUCAGAAUCAGGGGUCUUCUUCAAACCCUUUAAUACAUUAACAUCCAUGGGACCAGACUACCAAAGAUUGGGUUUUAGAAAAUGCACUCAAUGUCCGAAGUAAUUUAAACCAACAACAACAUUGUUUCAGCUUGCAGCACUGCCCGUUCAAAUGAAUCAGAAGGGGACAAAAUUAAUGAUUGCCUUCAGUUUGUGUUGUGUAUAUUUUGAUGUAUGUGGUCACUAACAGGUCACCUUUAUUUUUUUCUAAAUGUAGUGAAAUGUUAAUACCUAUUGUACUUAUAGGUAAACCUUGCAAAUAUGUAACCUGUGUUGCGCAAAUGCCGCAUAAAUUUGAGUGAUUGUUAAUGUCGUCUUAAAAUUUCUUGAUUGUGAUACUGUGGUCAUAUGCCCGUGUUUGUCACUUACAAAAAUGUUUACUAUGAACACACAGAAAUAAAAAAAUAGGCUAAAUUCAUAUA